GUUAAAGUAAAGGGCUGCGAUACAAUCAAGAAAGAGUCUCCCCUUAAUGAUUAAUAACUAAUGUAUUCCUCAAGUUUGACCUUCAGUUAUUAAUUGUAGGUAACAUCUUAACUUUAAGCUCCAUCAUAUUUGAAUUUUUAAAUAAAAAAAUGAAUUAGAAAUAAGUUUUAGUGUCAGUUCAGUUGAGAAAGUAGAAGGUGGCAGUAUUCUCAUUCUCAUUCUGAGUCAGUGACUGACAAUAAUUCAUUAGUGAUUAGUGGUCGUGAGUCCCAUACAAACUUGAAAUUGAAAGUUUAUAGUAGCGAAAAACAAUAUUUCAAUCUCCCCAUCACAAACAAAGCCACAUACUUUCUAAGACUCACAUGUUGAAUUAGUUCUUUUUAGUUGUUCUUACAAAGUAACUACUUUAACUUGGCCUUUCUGCCUUUCUUAUCUUAGCUUUAGCCUUGUCUAGACUAGAUUAGACUUAGAGACUAGAGGCUAACUUCUUAACUAUACUUGACUGUCAGACUAGACUGACUAGAGUCUAGACUCUAGAGUUAUAAGUAUAGUAUUAUCCAUUAGGGGUGUGCCGGAUCCGUUUUUUCCAACCGGAUCCGGAUCCGGAUUUUCUUAUGCGAAAUCCGCCGGAUCCGGAUACCGGUUUCUCCCGGAUUCCGGAUUUUGGUACUAUUGGUAGAUACUUCGGUAAGUCAAGGUGGACUACUACUUUUUGUGUAUGGGAAUUCGCAAUCGGCGCCAAAAAAUCCGAGUUUUUAAUUUUCCGAUGUGUGUGUCUAUUUAUUAUUAAAUUAGUACUUUCGAUAUAUAUUUGAGUUCCGUUCCAUUUGGAUAAGUGUCUUACGAGAGACGCCAUGUUUCUACGCGUUCGCAGCAGGUUAUGCAGCUCGCUCAACCUAAUUUCGCCAUGGGGUUGGCCACGCCCCCCUUUUUAAUGGCGGAAGUUGACGAUACUUAGGAAAUAUUAAUUUAUUAUCACUAUUUACAUCAAAAUAAUUGAUAACUUGUGUUUCAGAAUGCAUUUAAAGACAUUUAAACUGGAAUGUUUUAAUUUGAGCUUUAACAACCCGGUAGAAUCCAUAUUAUAAAUGAUCAGAAUUUACCGUGUGCAACACGUUGUCAUUGGCAACCAUUCACAGCCACUUGCAUAACUGUAUCGUAGUACUACCUCAGAGUUUCAUUCAUAAGAGUUUGCCGUGUGCAAAAACUAUUAAACCAUUGGUCAGGGAAAGCUUUAAUUAAUUAUUCAUGUGCCAAAGUUGAAAGUUUAAACUAAGUCUAAACAGUAUUUUAGUGAUAAGGCAGGGAAUGCGUUGCCUUAUAUAAACUAUAUAGUCAUUGCGCAUGACGGGAUUGGUGGAAUGAGAUCACAGAAUGUGGAGAUGCAGUCCAUGUUAAAAAAUGACAAACCAAGUCGUACUUUAAAAAUUCAUAACUUUAAAACUACAACAGCUAAAAAUAUGAUUUUGGUGUUAUAAUUCUUUAAAAAAUUACAUCUUUUCAACUAUGCCAUUGGUUUAUUUUUACAAAAAGUUUAAAUUUUCUUAUCAAAGUCCCUACACUAUUGGCCACUAUUAGCGGUGCUGACUCUAGCCUCUGGUAUGUACGGAAUAUUAAACAUUAAACAAGCUCAACGCUCGAAACAAUCGAUUAAUGUAUCGUGAUCGUGUGAAAUUCGGGAAAGAGAAUUACUUUUAUUUCAGAUUAUGAUCCGGUGAGUCACAAAAUCUGGCAAAUUCCGAAAUCCGGUAUAUUCCGGAUUCCGGAAUCCGGUUGUUCCGGAUACAUGUAAAUCCGGCGGAACCGGAUUUCACCGGAUAGUGCAAAAUCCGGCGGAACCGGAUUCCGGACCGGGGUCCGGCACACCCCUAUUAUCCAUUAGGCCAGGCUCACCAGGGUUUUUUUGAAACCAAGACUCAAAACUAGUUCUAUUAUAAAAAUAAUUAGAAAUAAUUAAUCGAACUGACCUAGUGGAAAUAAUACUAGGACUAAGAAAGGGCCCAGUCCUAAUACUAAUAAUAAACUAAAGUACUUUGUUGAAAAAUUGGUACAGGGAGGGGACAUUUCAGGAGGUAGGGCAUCUAUCAGUGUGCAAGUUAGGUAUUAGGACACCUGUUGUCAUACUCAUACAUAACAAAUUUACUCCGUGGUGCACCCCAGGGUGGCUUAGAGGGGGUCAUUGAGUUCUUCCCCCAGAAAAGUUUUGAUAAAUUAAAAUGGCAGUGAUUCAUUUUAGUACAUACCUAAAUUAAGUUUUGAAUUGAUCAUCAUCCCUCCUGAAAAAAGAAAUAUUAUCUAUUUCUGCUUGAUGUAUGUUCUCAAUAUACUUCUAUCCCCUAUACUGACGGUCUCUUAGAUUCUUUCUCGAGAGUAAACCCCAUCCAUCUAUACCCACCAACACCCUCCUCUGAUUGGCUGAUCUGGUUUUCCGCCAUAAUUCAUUUUAGUUUAGAGGCAAAUACUUUGACCAAAUCAGUGGUGUUGCUAUGGGGACUAAAAUGGGACUCAGCUACGCAUGUUUGUUCAUGGAACAUUUUGAACAAAUCGUUGAAACAAGCUAUGCUGGAGGCCUCCCUGAAUUCUACAGAAGAUACAUUGAUGCUCACCACUAUGGAGAGGAAUGAACUUGUCAUAUUCAUUAACUUUGUAGGCUCCCGUCCAUUAAACUCACAUCUCUCGUCUCUAAGACCUCUGUUAACUUUUUGGACUUUGCAGUAACCCUUCACAAAGAUCGCCUACUCACCUCUGACUACUUUAAACCUACUGACAGCCACAGCUAUUUACGCUACUCUUCAUCCCAAGCUAAAUCCUGCAAAGACUCUAUUCCCUGUUCUUGAUUACUUCAUCUUUGUCGACUCUGUCGAGGAUGACUUUUGGGACAAGGCACUUGAGAUGAUCGACUAUUUCUGAUGUAGGCCCUACCCAGAGAAAGUACUUUCAUCAACCCUUCAAAGGAUUAAAAAUAUUACCUGUGCUGAUGCCUUCAGGUCAUGCCCGAGUGACAGGACCAAACUUAUUCUCACUUAUCACACUCACAAUCUAAUAGUCAAAAGUAUUUUCCUUAAAAACUGUGCCAUUCUCCUUUGCCGACCCUGACACACACAACAUUUUCUAUUCCCCACCUCUCAUUGUUUUCAGACUAGAUAAAAUUCUGCGAGACCUCCUUGUGUGUAGUUCCAUCAAUGCUGCCCCCUCCCACUUUGGGACGAAGCCAUGUAGACGCAGUCAUUGCAAAACUUGCCCUUUCGUUGUCCAGACUCAACACAUUCCCUUCCCUAAGGGCAGUUUUCAGAUGAGGGAUGGUUUCCUUUGUACUAGCAACAAUUUUAUCUACACCAUUGUUUGCACCUGCUGCCAGAUGUCAUACAUAGGUGAGACAGGACGCCGACUCUCUGACAGAUGCACUGAACACCUCCGUAAUAUUACGCCAGAUAAGCAGUGUCCUGUCUCUAAACACUGCAAUAGAAGUGACCACAAGGGGGCUGAAGAUUUUACUUUAAGUGCAAUCGUGACCUGUACUACCACACCAAGCUGGGUGAACUUGGAAAAUAAGCUGAUCCAGACUUAUGGAACUUUAACACCUCAUGGCAUGAAUGUCAUGUUCUCAUUCACCUGUGAAACCACGUCCUCGCCCCCUUCUCGUCAUGACCAAUCGCAGUGGACUUACUUUCCUCACUUCUUUCCCUGUUUUUCUGUAUUUAAUCUCUCACCUACUUAUCUUCUGUCAAAUUCCUUGCUGUCCUCUCAGAUACUACAUUUCAGCUAAGUGUUAUUUUUAUUUAAUUCUGUUUUUUAUGUUGUUUGUUUGCUGAUGAAGGCUUCUUGCGGACACUUUCGUUGUUUUGUUGUGUUCUUUUUUUCAGGUUCUCCCAUACUUUGUGUCAUUAAUUUCCUUGUUUGCUAACCCGAUUACAGUCUCUUAGAUUUGAUUUAAAUAUCCGGAUCAUAUAUAUAGAGUAUAGAGUAGAGUUUAUCAAUAUUAUAUUUAUUACACUAUUUCACUAAAUUUAUAAACUUAGAAAGUUUGAAAAAAAAUUUGUAUUUUUGCUUUUUGUUGUACACUUUUCUCUUUUCGGUGGGUGGGUUUGAAUUGAAUUUCUGUGGGGAGAUGCCUGAAAGAAACACAGGGGUUGGGAGAGGGGGGGUGGGGCAGAUUUUUUUUUUUUUCAAUAGGCAUAUAAAAAAUAAACCAGUGAAAUUGGCUUUUGAAAUAGAGAACUCUUUCUUUUUAUACUAGCUGUAUAUUCAUGAUUAUUAUUAGUUUUUUUAUUAUUAGUUUUCCCUGUUGGUUUGCUAAUAUUAAAAUUCAAUGUAUAAGCUAAAAUUUAAUGAAUAAAAAGUUCCAUAAAAAUCAUAACAAUCAUCGAAACUGUUAACUUAUACGUUAGGCUGCUUCAUUUUAUUGUUUAACUCCCACCAAUUACUGUUUUGGAUCACACCACUUCAGCAUUGAAUAAGAUUUGUCCAUUAUUGAGCUAUUUUUUUUUUUCAUUGCCUUUAAUAUAUUUGCCUCACUUAAGUGUAUCAAAAUUUAGGAACAGAUUUCUAAAUAGGGAUGUUUAGUAAGCUUUUAAAGAUAUUAAGCUAGAGGAAAACAACAAAUUUAAGCUCUCUUAAAUUAUCUUUGGAUAAUGUUUUUUUAUCUUCAAAAGAUAAGCAUCUGCAAAGGAAUGAAACUUCGUAGUAACUGUAUAGUAUUAAAAUUAAAAUUGCUGCUUAUUAUUAGCAGCAAUGCUAUACUGAAUUUAGAGUACCAGGUAGAGCAUAGAUUUUCUGAUCUAAUUUGGGCCAGGGCGGAUUUCAGGUAACCUAACACUCCCAUGGAAAGGUUGCAUUAACGUAGUUCGUGUAUAUAAUAUACUUGCUUCUUUGUAUUUAUGUUAGCACAGUGCACAUUUGUUCACUGUAUUAACCAUUCCUCUUGGGUCAGCUGAUUCAUGUCUAAAGUUGGUGAGGACUGGAUUUUUUCUGCAUAAAAAUAUAAUUUAAAAAAAUAGGUGACUAACAUUUAGAAUAAAAUCCUAGGUCACUGAUCUAUUCAGGCUAUUACCAUAUUGUUAUGAGUAUGGGCCGCACAUUUCAUUCCCCCUAAUGUAGGUCUUAAAAUGAAUUGUGUGGCCUACAUGAGGGAUGUUGCAGAAAGGUUUUUACAUUUAUUUUAAAGAGAAGCACCAAACCUUAAAUGUGAUGCUUUAUAAUCAGGAGAGAUCUAUACUAGGAACAACACUAUGAAUAAAAACAAGUUUGAAGAUUGAAUUAUUCCAUUCUUUUCACUGCAUGUACAGUAGGUAUAGGUCUGGAAUCUGUUUGUAUGCAAAUGUUCUAUUGGAUGGGCAUUUUUCUACAAUAAAAUCAAUUAUAUCCUUCUCUAAGUAUGAAAGUAUAUAAGUAUGGAGUAAUGGUGAGUCAAAAGUGCGCAAAAUAAAAUUUCCAAUAACUGCACUAAUGAGAUUCUUAAAUAUAAUAUUUUCUUUUGUUUUACAGAAAUAAUCUCAAUUUAAAACAUGAUGUAAUAAUCUGUGAUGUAAAAGGGGGAUGGGAUAUUAGAUUAUUAAUAUAGUUUAGUGGAGUGUACUUGGGGCAAGGGGAUUAGUACUAAUUGAAUUGGAAUUCUUAUAAAGUAUGUUACUUGAAUGCAUGUUUGUCAAGUAACAUUAGUAGAUAGAAAGUUCAUGCAUUGCAUCGCCAUUGUUUGGCGGGCUAUAACAAGUAAUAAUUAUAAAAGACUAGAGUAGUUCGGAUUACCAGAGCUUCAGAUAAACAGAGUUUGGAGAAUCGACAUUCUGCUUUAUUAAUAAUUGGCUUGAGGGAGGGGGUGGGGAGCGCAAUACUUGGGGAGUUCCCCAAGGUUUAUUCAAGGUGUGCCACUGCACAUGUAACUGUAUUUAUCUCUUGUGGAACAAUUGAAAUAGGUUUACUAUCGUUCUUUGUUUAGUAUAUUAUAGGCUUACCAAUUUUGUGAGUUAAAAGGUAUUAAGUUGUGUAUCCUGUAAAAAUGAAAAGGCAAGGAAUAAAAAAAGGGCAGAGAAUUAAAAUUAUAUGUCCAAAAGUGGCAAAAGAGAUCUAGAAUGCAUUAUUAGCUAGAAUAUAAAAUACAAAAAUUAAAAUCUAACACAAAAUAGCAGUGAUUAUUACCUCUUGCUUAAAUGAAAUUACCUUUUUUAAAAUAAUUCCUCAUAAUUUUAACUUAGGUGCAGUUAUACAUCUAAAAAACAGAGCCAUGGAUGAUCCAUCAUCAGGUUACCAUGGAGCAGAUGCUGUAAUUCUACAAAAUGAAGGCAUUCAGCUGGCACAUCUCGCAGUUCAACAUGACAGUGCUCAGCAUUAUGACAUGGCAAUAUUUUAUUAUUCGGUGUGUGAAAUUAUCCUUCUUGAACUCAUGUCAAAAUAAUGUGCUGUUUAAACAUGUACUGUUGGAUAGAGAAAUGUUUUAUGAAUAAUCUGUGAGAGAAAAAUGAACAUGGGUUGAAAAUUUAAAUAGCACUAAGACUAAGACAACUAAAAUAUAAGUUAUUUCAAAUUAAAAUCUUUUAGACUUUAGAAAAUAGCUGUCAUUCAGUCUUAUGAAUGUUUAUUUCAUCAAAAUUUUUUCCCCAUUUUUUUUCAUUUCAAUAGGAAGCAGCUCAAACUCUACUUGCUGCAGCCGAGGCGGGGUCACAGGUUCCUAACAUUGCAGAUAAAGCUACAGAGUAUAUGCUAAGGGCAGAUGCCCUUAAAAAAGCUUGUAAGUUUAGUAUAUCAUUUUAUUGCCUUUAGCAGUCAUUGUUAUUAGUGCAAUCAAUAUAAACACUUUUAAAAAUAUUCUGUGGUAUUCUGCUUACAGCUGACUUUAAGUUUGUCCUUCUACAUUAUAAGUUAUUCUAUAUUGUUUAUAAAACCUUUUCUCCCCAGUAAAGUCACCAGUGAUUGCAAAAUCUUUAGAAUCUUCAAAACCAGUGCAACAGGUCAGUAAACAUUUCUAAAUACUUGAGAUUUGUCAUAAGAUUACUUCUUUAAGUAAAGCCGGACUUUUAACUAAAUUACUUCACAUUGACUUUCUUAUAAUCUGAACCUUCGUCUUUAUUUUUAUCUUUUAAUAGAAACUGUUCCACAAAGGAUUUUGUGUAUGCUCAUUAAGCAUACGAUUUAUGAAAGACUCCGCUGUAAAGAUGUUGACUCAUUUUUGGAUGGAAAUUUCACUAAUGCAGAGGACUAAUAUCUUUUAUAUUUAUAAUUUAAAACAAUCACUGACACCAGCAAACAUAUUAGAACAUAGGUCCUCAAGCUUUAUUUCAUUUUUUUGAAUGGGCCAAAAAAAAAUCUUACAGUAGAGUGUUAUGAUCUGGUUUGUGAUCCUGUUUGGAAUGUAAUGAUUCAUGGUGCAGUUGAUCAAAAGGGAAAUAAUAAUUAUGAAAGUGUAAGUGAGCACAAGAAGAUAAUUUUGUUGAGAGUGGCGGUACUUCUCAUGUUGAUGUAAAUGACCAGAGACUUCAGUGUUUUUCAGGUUUUUUUGUCAAUAUAUUUAUAGUGUUUUUUAUUGUGAACUUUUAUUAUCUACCUUGGAUGGAUUCAAAGAAGAGCUACUGUAAUUAUUGCACAAAGUGUGUCUAGCAAGUUAAGAGAGUCAGCAUUCAAAACCAUGCCCUAUACAUAAAUACCCUGAACUGCCAGGCAGUAGUGACAUUGGCUACAUAUGAGAGUUGGUAACAUAGAGGUCCCCCACACGUGUAACACACUUGAAGUUGAAUCCAACCAUGGCGGUCAUUUAAGAAAUUACCUUUAUUAUGUGUAUUAGCACUUGUAAUAUUGAUUAAUUCUUUAUUGCAGCCCUGCGAUACUUGUGGAUUUUCAAAUGUGGCCAUUUAAGCAAAAAAUAUUUUGGGCAAUCUCCUUUAGUAGGCUUUGCUGUUUAAUUCACUUAUUAAGAAGUUUUAAAUGUUUCAUAACUUAAGGUUAGUAAAGCAUGCCCUUUUUUGAUUGUCUGAAACAAUAACUUAUCAUCUCAAUUUCAGCUUGAAUUAGAAAAGGCAAGUUUUUUACUGAAAGAAGCUCUGGAUGAAGAUGAACAAAACAAUGUUGAGGAGGCCAUUAGUCUUUAUUCUGAGGCAAUAUCUAAGUGUUUAAAAAUUGUAAGUUCAAUCUCUAUCUGAUUUAAAGGCAUGCAUAAUUUUUAAUUAAAAUACAUUCUUACAACUUGAUCUCUGUGAAGAGACACAUUAGCAUUAUUGUUAAUCCAACUGAAGUCCAGGUUUUUAUUAGGUAUUAAAAAAAAAUAGGUGGAAAAAUGUAAAAGAUAACAAAUUUAUUGGCAGCACCUUUCUAAGAAAGUAUUUUGCCAGAAGUCUUACUUCAACUCUAAAUUUGAAUUAAAUAUAUAUUAAACAAAUUAUGUGUUUAAAAAAUAAAUUUUGCAAGUGUAUCUUUCAAAAAAAUUUUUUUUUCUUAAUGACCUGAUGAAUUGAUUUUUUAAACUUUUUUCUAUUAAGAUGUUAACCAAAUAGAUACAAAUGAUCUUUUCUUGUAAAAAUUAUGAGAAUGUUCACUGACUUUGUAUAUGUAAGUUAUUGUCUUAUCAGACAUCCGUCGUUUUAAGCCUUACUCUAUGUUACAGAGAGACAGCACUGCUGAUGCCAAAUUGAAAGAAGGAGUAGUAAAAAUGGCUACUCAAGCAUUAGACAGGUCAGUGUUAAUUACAUGGAAUGCCCAACAAAAUUUUUUACAAUUGUUAAACGUAUCUUUUUUUAAAAAUAAAGGUAUUAAAACAUGAAAAGCAUGUAAAAUAAUUUUAAAUCAAAGAUGCAUCUUUCUCCCUAUAGAGCUGAGGCUUUAAAAAAGCGAAACACCAAAUCUCUUCCUGCGUCGAAUAAUACUUCUGGCUCUACAGUUCGCACGCUCACAGGUGACUAACAUAAUUAAUUGUUUUAUUUAUUGGCGUAAAGAUUCAUGUAGGCAUUAUUCUGAAAAAAGGAUUAUACCUUUGUUAUGAUAAAUUCUUCCUGUAAUAUUUUCAAAUUUCCUAAUUAUAGCACUAAAGAAACAUCAGUGUAUUGGUAUCAAUGAUGGGUUUACAACAUACAUAGUUACAAAUGGAGAGACAGGCAGGCUGCCACCUUGGUGACCAGUUUAGAGAACUCAUGUACAAUAUAAAAAAAAGAAAAAAAAAAAAAAGAAAUGUGAAUUUCCAAAAAUGUAAAGUGUUAAGCCAAUAGGAUUUCAGAUUAUGCAGUAACAGGUGUACUGUUUAAACAGAUAACAACAGAAUCAAUUUUUAUGGAAUAUAGGAUAAUUAAAAUAUUGUGGAGUUUGACUCCAUAUGGAAUUUACCAAAUCCAUAAUUUUAUAAACAUGCUGUAAACCAUUUCCUGUUUGUUAUACACUACACUUCUGCCCACUUGUUACUAACUAUGCAAAGUGUGGAAAAAUAAAUAGGCCAUUAAAAAGCAUACAAAAGUCAGAUAUAAUAGUGGUAGAAAAAAAUUACAACAAACAAAUAUUGUGCAAGCAGUGCAUUUGUUGAAGUGAUAUUAAACAUUUAAGAAAUAUGAAAUUGAUUUAAUUAAUCUGACAAAUAACACUUAAGUGCCAAUUAAAGUUGACUUUCAUGUUGCUGAAUAGAUCAGGGAAGUAGAAUGUCAUAAUGCUAGUUUGUCAUAUUUAGUUUUAGAAAUCACUGACUUUGUUAAAUAUGUUACAGUAUUUUAAUUAGAUUGCAGAUUUGUCAAAUUUUUGUAAAGGAAUUCAUUUAACCUUGAUUUUAAUUUUGAGCCUUGUUUAUUUGACCUUUGAGUUGAGUCUUUUGACAUUUAAAUUUGAUUUGUUUCUUUCAGGGAAAGUAGUUCCUCCAUUAGGCUUCGGUGCUUUCUCAGAGGGUGAUGAGGACAAUGAUAAUGCCCAAAGAUUGCUUUCCUCUGCGCCAACGGCUCCUAAAGGUGGUAUCUCACAGUCAUCUUCUUCCACAACAUUAAGAACUGGUCUUAUCAAUGUUGGGCCCAGCUCUUACUCUAAAGAUGAAAUAGCAGUAUUAAGGUAAAUCAACUUUAAAACGUAGUAGGGUCUAAAACAGGGGUGGGUAACCUAUGUGCCACGUGUGGCCCACAAAACCUUCUUAUGUUUCAAAUUAUUUUCAAUUAAUUGUUUAGAAUUCUAGGUUCCUAGAAAAUUAUCAUGGGGCCCACCAAAAUAAUGAUAAUUUCCAUGCAGCCCUCUUAACGAAAAGGUAGCCCACCCCAGGUCUAAACGGUUUUCUGUUGCAGGGUUUCUUAACCUGUUGUAUAAUUUGCACCCCUGCGAAAUGUUUGACCAAGUCUCAUAGCAUAUACAAAGUAGCAAUGUAUAUUUGAUUUUGAGAAAAAAUAGAUGUCUAAUUUAACAAUGUAAUUACAAAGAGAACAAGAGAACUUAGAAAUGAACUUACAUAUGACUUAUUACAUAAAGAAAUUUAAAAAUAUAUUAAAAUUUACAUCCUUACUUAAAAUUCAAAGGAUGUACUCUUCUUAUAAUCCAUUCUCCUUGCAGCUCUUGAAAUGUUACCCUGCGGUUUGGGAAACCCUGGGCUACUGCAAUAUAAAUAAGGGCAUAAAAAUGGUUUUGAUUCUCAAAUUUUAACUGUUAACCUGAUACCUCAUAGAAAAACAAAAGAUUUGUACCGGUAUUGCAAUUAAAUUCUUUUUACAGUUUAUUUUCAUUAAAACAAUUUUUAUGAGGUUUUCAAAUAAAGGCAUAAAGAUGUAUUACCUUAUUUAUUUAAAAAUAUGGCUAUCCCUCUGUAACGUUGUUGUAUCUAUCUAAAAUGGUACAUCCAAAGUUUUCAAAAUUAUUAUUAAAAAUCAAGGGCUGUCAGUUCAUAAAUCGAAAAUAAUGAAUUUUUUUCAUCACAUGAUCUUAUCAAAGCUUUCAAUGCUUUAUAUGAUCCCUUGAACGCUUUUAUCAUCUCAUAUAGCAUUUGAAAAAUCUUAGAGGAUUACAAAUGCAAAAAUGAUUUAUAAUCAUUUUUGGAUACUAUUUGUAAAGCAAUGAGCAUAACAUAAGAACUAAAAUUAUAUUUUGUAUAUGUAUUUACAGGAGUACUUCUAAAAUUAAUGGUCGUGAAUAUGUGCCUUUUCUAGCCGUUGAUCAGAAAGAAAGAUUUGCCUAUCCUGAACAUUUUAAGUAAGUAAAGUAAAAAUUGUACAUUUUACAUUUGUUUGUUAACAUUCUCAAGCCUCAUAAGAGGAAAAAACCUGGCGGAUUAAAAAAAAUAUAACAGAUAAAUGUAGCUUUUAACAUAAAUAGUAUUUUUCAUUACAUUAUUUAGAAAACUUAAGUAAAAUUAUGUUAGAAUGUUGAAUAAAAAGGUUAAAGCUCUAAUAGAACAUGUUACUAAUAAGAGAACCCAAAAAAUCUGCUGUAAUACUAUCUCCAUCUCCACUAUUUCAGUGAUAAAGAUGGCAAACUAAUUCUCUCUCCAAAACAAAAGCAGCAGUUUGAAAAGUGGGCUCGACCUGAGACUUUUUGUGAUGAGCCUAAAGUUAUUUAUGCAAUAUCAAGUUUUAGUAUACGACAGGUUAGUGUAUCAGACAUUAGCUGUCCUGCAGGCCUUAUAUUUCUUAAUCAUAGUUAAGCUGGUCUUGAAAUAUUGCCUGUCAACUUGACAAACAAAUCUAUUCAAAUUCUACAAUUUUCUUACACUUGACUUAAAUAAAUGUGUGCAUCAAAUGUAAGGCUUAGUUAUAGAGAUUGGAAAAAGUAGUUUCAUCUUUUUAAAAAAAAUGACUAUUGUGUCAUAAAGAGUAUAACAACAUACUUGACAUUGCACGUUUCAACUUUUCCACCAUUUUUCCCCUGCCAGACUGUUGUGUCAGAUUGUAGUUUUGUAGCAUCUCUAGCCAUUAGUGCCCAAUAUGAAAAACGUUUCAGGAAAAAGCUCAUAACAAAGUAAGUUGUUAAAAAAUUUAGUUUAUAUAAUCUAAUAACAAUUCAGUUGUCAGCAUUAAAUUAAAAAAAUUUAGACUUAUUUCAGGGUAAUAUUAUUUGAGUGAACUUUUUUUCUCCAUUAUUAACUCUAAAAUCAUGAAGUGCUAAUUGGUUUAAAUACAAAUUUAUGUGUUUUGUAUGUACGCUCAACAUUUAUAAUUUGAAUAUUACCAAUCUACUACAAAUGAUUCAUCUCUGAAUUCUGUUUUUAGUAUAAUUUAUCCCCAAAAUCGAAAUGGUGAGCCGGUUUACAACCCUUGUGGGAAGUACAUGGUCAAACUGAACUUAAAUGGUGUAUGGAGAAAGGUACUGCACAUCGUCAAACAUGUAUUUUGUCAUUUCAUUCAUUUAUUUCUUAUAAUGUUUAGAAAUGCAUCUUUAUAUACUUGUUAAAGAAAUCCUUGAUAAAUAAAGUUAAUAGAAAAUGUUAUUGUUUGAAUUCAGUGUUGCUCUUAAAAUAGCAAAUAUUUAACAAAACAAUCAUUUUCAGGUUGUGAUUGAUGAUUACCUCCCUCUAGCAAAGUAUGGAGAUUUACUUUGCUCUUUCUCCAACAACAAAAAUGAACUCUGGGUGUCUCUGCUUGAGAAGGCCUACAUGAAAGUGAUGGGCGGCUAUGACUUCCCUGGUUCCAAUUCUGUAAGAUAUAAUCUCAGAACCUAGAAGUUACAAUUUUUUUUUUAAACUUGUCAAAUUUUUAAGCAAAAAUGGCUUGCAAUAAAGUAAAACUAAAAAUUCUGAUGCCUCUGCCAUGAAUCAUAAAAAAAAAAAAUAACAGUGUUUAUAUCAUACAUUAAGUUCAUUCUGUAAUAAAUAACCAUGUUAAAUCAAAUGAGUUUUAAAUGCAUUUAAUUGUAUUUUUUAGAAUAUAGAUCUCCAUGCACUUACAGAAUGGAUACCAGAGAGAGUGGCCAUUAGGGAAGGUUCAGCAGAGUUCAACAAAGACAAAGAGUUCAAACGUCUUUUAGACAGGUUUCACAAGGGUCACUGCCUAGUCACUGUUGCUACAGGAGAGCUGUCUGAAUCUGAUGCUGACAGAGCAGGCCUUGUCCCUACCCAUGCUUACGCUAUGCUUGAUGUCAAAGAAUAUAAAGUCAGUCACAAUUCAGGAAAAUCAGUUGGAAUAGUUGAUAGAAUAUGUUAAUAGUUUUUAUAAUUUAAAAAAAAAACCCUUUUAAAAAAAAAACCUUUUAAAAAAAAAACCUUUUAAAAAAAAAACCUUUAAAAAAAAAAAAAAAAAAAAAAAAAAAAAACAAAAAAAAAAAAAAAAAAAAAAAAAAAAAAAAAAAAAAAAAAAAAAAAAAAAAAAAAAAAAAACAAAAAAAAAAAAAAACCCUUUUAAAAAAAAAACCUUUUAAAAAAAAAACCUUUUAAAAAAAAAACCUUUUAAAAAAAAAAAAACCUUUUAAAAAAAAAACCCUUUUAAAAAAAAACCUUUUAAAAAAAAAACCUUUUAAAAAAAAUAAAAAAAAAAAAUUUAAAAAAAAAAAACUUAAAAAAAAAAAACCAUUAAAAAAAAAAAACUUUUAAAAAAAAAAACUUUAAAAAAAAAAACCUUUUAAAAAAAAAACCUUUUAAAAAAAAACCUUUUAAAAAAAAAACCUUUUAAAAAAAAAACCUUUUAAAAAAAAAACCUUUUAAAAAAAAAACCUUUUAAAAAAAAAACCUUUUAAAAAAAAAAGCAAAUGCUUGAAAUGUAGUUUGAAUACAUACAAAAUUAUUAACUUAUCUAGACAUGGUUUCUUAUAGCACUUAUUAAUAGUAUAUUGUGCUUUUCUUUACACAUUUGUAGAACAAACUAUACAAAGACAGUCCAAUAAUGCAUUUUUAUGGCCAGGGAAGGGCCUUUUAAUUAUGUAUCAUAUCAGGUUAUUGCAGCUAGUAUUUGAUUGUGGCAUUUGAAAGUAAGUCCCAAAGUUUUUGUUUGUGUAACAAUUUUAAGCAUUGGGUCUCAUGCUAAACAUUUUGAAAAAUCAAAUUAAAAGAUCAAAAUUCAUUACAUAUUAUUUAAUUUUUUCUGUAGGGGAGACGACUCUUCAUGUUAAAAAAUCCAUGGAAUCACUUACGAUGGAAAGGGAAUUUCUCAGAAAAAGAUGAAGCCAACUGGACAACUGAACUUCAAAAGGCCCUUAACUAUGAUCCAAAAAGUGCUCAGAUGUUUGACAACGGUAAGAUAUUAGGGAUGGUAGCCAUUGUCCACAGGUGCAUGAAUUACACCCUUUCAUGAUUCAUUGUUCCCAACUGUUAUUUAGGUUGUAUGUAUGUUGUAGGUAAACAUGAUGUUAUUUCUCGUCAUCAGGUGUGUUCUGGAUAGACUAUGAUUCCCUGUGCAAGUUUUUUGAUGUGUUCUACAUAAACUGGGACCCUGAGCUCUUCAAAUACACCACUUGUAUGCAGCAGUGAGUUCAGAAAACAAGAUUUCUUCUCUCAAGUGAAAAUUGAGCCUAAAUUUUAACUGAAAUCUACAGACAUUCUAAUAAAACAGCUUUAUUGUUAGAAUCCGUUCUACCAUUUAAGCUAAAAUGUUUGUUCCGAAAUUGUGUAAAGUAAACAAAUUGUGGUGCAAGAUACGGUUAGGCCGAAGAAGCCACACAAGGCAAAACAAGAAACAAAAAAUAAUUAUAAAUUAAAAGCUUAUGUGUAAGAAGAUCUCAAUGUAGCUCUCUCAGUCUCUGUGUAGAGAUGAGAACGCUCUAAGCUAGUAAUGGAAGUUAAGUUGUUCAAGAGAGAGUUGCGUGUGUCUACCAUUUACUGUACAAUAUGUAUCUAAACAACAAGCUAAGAGUGUUUGUCUCUGUCUUUAACUAAUUUUGUUGAUGAAGGCUUUUGACCAAAAGGUUCAAUUUCUGUUAUUGAUCUUCUUUAUGUUUUCUCCUACCCUUUAUACAUUUCAUAUUUGAUUGAUGUUAGCUACUUAAACAAAGCUAUUUUAAUCACACUUUUGUCCCUUAAUUAGUAAAGCAGAGCUAAGAGCAUUCUCUAUAAUUGUGAAAAGUUUGAUGAUAUGACCAUUAAAUAAAAUUGAUGUGCUUCAAGGGCCUGCUUGAAUGUUUUUAGUGUUCUUAGCCAAUGCAGAAGACUUACAUAAUUGGUUAAUUUAUAAUCACCAAAAAACCUUGACCCCCACCAGUACUUGGCAAGCUAAGGAGGGACCUAAAAGAGACACAUACAACAUCAGUGACAACCCACAGUAUAAACUAGAGGUCAAGGGCAACCAGUCAGGUGCUGCAGUUUGGAUCCUGCUAACCAGACACAUUACUGACAAGGUAGGGCAACAUUUGAGUAUAAAACCAAAGUACUUGUUAAGAAAUCAAUAAUAAACCCAUUUGUAUUUUUUGCUACAUUUUAUUUCAUUAUUUAGUAUUUUCUUUGUGUAGGUUCUAAUCUUGUGAAAUAAUUAACAAGCAUUUAUUUCUUGAUAAACUUUCCAAGCUAAAUGACUGUUUUUAAAUUUUCAAAUAUAAAAUGCUUUUAAAAUGAAUUUUUCAGCAUAAGUUAGCUCGCUGUAAAAAAUGAAUGAUGGAAUGCAUUCAAGCUGUGUGAAGGAAAUAGCAGAACAGGGUAUGUGGAAGCUUGAAGUAGAAGGUCCUGUCUUUCUACAUCAAGCUUCCACAAACCUUGUUCUGCUAAUUCCUCACUGUAAAAGCUUUGUGACUCUUCAUUGGGUGGGUCAUGUUUAUUAAAUUAAGAAGCUUAGGGUAGCCAUAUCCAGUCUUUGGGUAGCCAUAUCCAGUCUUUGGGUUGCCAUAUCCAAGCUUUGGGUUGCCAUAUCCAGUCUUUGGGUUGCCUUAUCCAGUCUUUGGGCCAUGGUUCUCAAUGACAGAUGAAUGCCAUUUUUUUCAAAUGAUAAUUUUGAUAACUCCGCCAGUGGGCACUCAUCCCUAGUCUAUGUAUCCCAGGCUGAUUUUGCAGACAAUAAGGAAUUCAUCACCGUGCUUGUUUACAAAAAUGGAGGGAAAAAGGUGUUUUACCCAUGUAAGUAAUAAAAUGUAUUUCUUGUUGAAGGAAGGAAAAUAUGUUCUCUCUUUUUUUUUUAUCUAUGGUGUGAAAUGAUCUGCUGAAUUUUUGUUCUCUUAUCUUUCCAUUCAGUUUUUCUGUCACUUUAGUUUAAGAUUUUGUUUCAUUCAAUACAGAUGACCCACCACCAUACAAAGAUGGAGUUAGGAUAAAUAGUCCACAUUACCUCUGUAAGCUGGUUGAAGGAGCAACUAAAGAUCCUUACACGCUGGUCAUAUCCCAAUAUGAGAAGAACAACACAACACAUUACACACUCCGCGUGUACAGCACAUGUGAUUUUUCACUGACAAGGUUUUCAGAUCCAUACAAGAAACAACACGAUAAAAAGGUGAAC